AUGUCCGCUACGGAUAGGCCCGGAACAAAGCGCGUAUCACGCAGGUCACAUCACAAGUCUCGCCUAGGAUGUAGUAAUUGUAAAAUUCGGCACAUGAAGUGUGACGAGAAUAAGCCUGUCUGUGCGAAUUGCUCCAAACAUUCCAUAGAAUGCGACUUCACCGUUGCUAGACAUGCGACUACAGAGCCGGAGACGUCAUGUGGUUCCACAUCGUCUUCGUUAACGGCCACUUCGCGCAAUCGAUUUCGUAUCUAUCAACGCUCUGUCGUUCAGAUGAGAAAGAAGAACCAGAACACUUCCGAGCAAAAGUCUCCGACGUACAACUCGGUGGGAGUGCAAUGCAAUCUGAGCGUGUCCGUGUCGAACCAUGGGAUCUCCUUCGCAGACCUCCAUCUCUUCUAUCAUUAUGUAGCUUCAACAUCACGGACAUUGCAAGACGGGACGGAUGACACCAAUAAAUGGCAGCUCAUCAUUGAACAGAAUCUUUCAUAUCGCCCGUUUCUUCAUCUUCUGCUAGCAUUCGCUGCUUUGCAUCUUAGUCGCCAGCGGCCAGAAUCGAGAGAGGAGUAUGUGAAGCAGGCCGAUGACCAUUAUACGCUAGGGAUUCAACAUACUACGUCAGAAAUUUCGGGCCUUGACGUGGAGUCAUGUCAACGUGUAUACCUAGCGACUGUAUUAAUUUGCUUGGUCGGCUUUGGAAGGGGCCUUCGGCCCGGAGAGUACCUCGUGUUUAGCGAUUCUGGUCCAGGUGAAUGGUAUAAGCUUUUAUACGGUGUGAAGACGACCAGAGAAUCCUAUCGAGAUAAUGUUUUUGUCGGUGUUCUGUCCCCUGAAGUUGACUUGAUAUCAAAAGAUAUCAGUCCAGAGCUGCGUGAUGAAUUAUUAGAGCAUUGGGAUUACCUUCGAAGGCUGCAGAUUUGGCUCAGUGCGCAAACACCAGACGAAAGCAUUCGGAAGUUGUCUCAGUUUGCCAUUCAAACUCUUCGUCAUACCUUCCACGAAGUGUACCAGCAUCGAUCCAACGCAAAGGGAGGUGUAGGCUUGAUGCACAUCAUAUUGGGCUGGUUAUAUCGAUUACCCCAAGAUUUUGUAUCGUAUAUUGAGCAGAAAAGCCCAUUUGCUUUGGUGAUUCUUGCUAAUUGGGCUAUGCUAUUGAAAUACAUGAGGUCGGUUUGGUUUAUGGAAGGCUGGGAUGUCCACAUUACUUCUCACAUCCGCAAAGUUGUUACCGCAGAGUUUCAAGCAUGGGCUGAGUGGCCGCUACACCAUGUCCAAAAAAGAGACGAAUAG